UAGUAUGAACAAGAAAUUUCUAUCUUCGGAAUUACCGAAGCGAAACGUGUGCUGUCCUUUGGCUUUGCUUCGCGUCGAGGGUUUCGGCUGAGAUUUCUAGAACGCGACGAGGUUGCUAGAAAGCGAGAAUAUAUGUCCCGAUCAAUCAAGCAGGUCGGCUCUCAAGAAUGUCGCGAUUGCAACUAGCCGUCCCUCGCUGUCUCUCAUCAAUCCUCGUCCUCGCCGUGCUAUUGUUGCGCCAAACCCAUGCGGACGUCGGCACCGCCGGUCACUACGAUCCUCCAUAUACGCCGACCGCUUGCUUCGGGUACAACCCUUUGCAGUUUCCCUCGAGCUUCCUGUUCGCGGCCGCCGGGGAAGGGAUUUGGGACAACGGCGCCUCUUGCGGGAGGCAAUAUUGGAUCCGCUGCAUAAGUGCCGACCGGCCAAAGACCUGCAACCCUGCCCGGCUGAUCCAGGUCAGGGUCGUGGACCGGGCACUCAGCGCCGUCUCCCGGUCCUCGUCAAACCACGCCACCCUCGUCCUGUCCAAGACCGCGUUCCAGGCCAUUGCGAAUCCUUCCGCAUCGUCCGUCAACGUCGAAUUCGUACAGGUUUGAAGCGACCAAGAUGAUGCUUUGGAAGCAAAGCAAAUCGGACACCGGCAUAUAUUGUACACUUCGAUAGCAAGCCAUGAUACAUGCUAAGAAAUCAUCAUACAAGCCGAAAUUAUGUAUAUUUAUUCCCAACUCACUAUAGUAUACUCCGCCAACUUUAACUCGAGUCGCAACAACUGAAGGGGGUGUACGUGAUGUUAUUAUAA